UUACUAUGAAUGAUCAUAUCAAUGAAGAGGCAAGCUCGUCAAAAAGGACAUUGGAUCAUAUCUCCGAAGCACGUGAAAGAAACAGGCAAGCUGUAAGUACAAACCGUGAUUUAGAAAAGAACCUCUUCUGACUCUAUUGACCUUACAGAAGAAGAAAAGAUUGGCAGCCGACAUACUACAAGGCACGGAUGGUACAUAUCACAGUGAUCUUGAUACAGAUAUGACACCUGCCACAAUGACAAGACCUCAACGUGAGGCUGCACGAGAAGGGAUGGCGAGGAGAAGGAAAAGUUUCUCUUUUCACAGAAGUCGAAGCCAAUCUCGAGGCAGAUCUCGAUCUGAAUCAGAGGAACAGCGGCAGCAGGGAAUCCAAAAUGACUUAAGAGAGAUCACCAUGCAUGACCCACGUGCAAAGAAGAUCAAAGGAUUGACAUGGGAUCCUGCUGACUUGAAAUUCUUCUACAACACGCAAACGGGCACAAAUUAUUUUUUUGGAAAGCGAGGUGAGGCAAGCCAGUCAAAAUUGCAUGAGCUAUCUCCGUUGCCACCUCCAUUUCUAGCACACCACCUCCGUACAAGAAGGAUCAGAGUCAAGUCAGAGGAAGAGCCUACGUCGUUACCAGUUGAAGGUGUUUCCUUCAAUGGAAUGACGUCGGCCGCACUAGCGGAAUCACAGGAAAGUGAUCAUAGCGAUUCCGAAUACGAUGACACUGAAGAAUUAUGUGAAGCAGUCAAGAACAUCUUUACGGGGGAAACGAUGGACGUAGCAGAUUACAUCAUUGAGCAUGAGCCACAUUUGCUUGUACCUCUGCCUGACAACUUUUUGUCUAUGCCAAUAUCAAAACCCAAAGAGGAUCAUGAUGCCAUUCAAGCGAAUGUUAUUUUCUCGGGUAAAAUUAUCGAUUUGACAGAUGAUGGAGACGAGUUCGAAAUCAUGGAAGUCAUUCCUCCAGCACCUGACAGUAUUAUGGGCAGGGAGUUUGAGAGGCGUGAACAGCUUCAAGGAUUGCGUGAUGAUCAAGCAAGGUUAGGUUUCACAGAUGAAGAAUUGGAUGAAAUCUUCAGGAUCGUGAAACAAGAAGAGAGCGGGCCGGGAGAGCAAGAAAAGGUGGGUAAGCCGCAGCAAGAAGAGGUGGGCAGGCCGGAGCAGCAAAAAGAAGAAGAGGACAAGAUGGAAGUGCAGGAGGAGGUGGGCAGGCAGGAGCAGCAGAAAGAGAUGGGCAGGCAGGAGCAACAAAAAGAGAUGGGCAGGCAGCAGCAAAAAGAGGAAGAGGACAGGAUGGAAGUGCAGGAGGAAGAGAGAAGACCGGAGCAGCAAGAAGAGGUGGGCAGGCCGGAGCAGCAAGAAGAGGUGGGCAGGCCGGAGCAGCAAGAAAGGGAAGAAGACAGGAUGCAAGUGCAAGAGGAAGAGCAUAGGCCGGACUUGCAAGAGGAGGAGAGCAGGUCGGAAAUGCAAGAAGAAUUGGCUGGACAGGAAAGAGAAGAAGAGGAACAAGCUGUCGAAGCCAUGGUAGUUUCCACUCAGCCAUCUGAGCAGCAAACCGCAGAUGUUUCAAGAUCAUCCGGCUCUACUUUGGAGGAUUCCAUUGUGCUCAACAGCGAUGACGGAGACGAAGAAGGAGCAAGAGCGAAAGCGUUUACCACCCGAGCGGGACGACCUCGUUCUUCGUCUGUUCUAGUCAACCGCUUUCGGGAUGAAGCAGAAGCUGAAGAAGCCGAAAGGAGACAACAAGAACAGCUUGAAGCAGCACGGUUGGCGGUAAUCCUGGAGGAGCGACGCAAAAUCAUCGAGCAAGAAAAAUUACUGUAUCCUGCCCCGAUCGCCCCUGACAUCUCAAUGGCAGCUGAAGAGUUGGAAAGUCUGCAACUGACAGAAGACAGUGCCAGUGAAAGAGGGAACACGGUAGACGAAUUGGCCCAAGCUUCUUCACCAGCUCCACCAGACAUGCCAAUACCGACACCACCUUCUCAACCCUCCCUCCAGCCCCAGUCUACUCCACCAGAAAUGUCAACACCUACACCACCUCCUCAGCCCUCCCUCCAGCCCCAGUCUACCCCAGCAAGUAAGCCCAUGGCACCCAUUCCGAUGCCAUCGAUGUCUGUUCGCCGUUUUCGAGGGCUCCCGCAGAAGAAAGCAAGUGAUCAAUCAAAGAAGUAAAGCUUCGAAAAGAGUUUAUGUUGUAAAAUAUACGUUUCAAUACAUUUGUAUGCGAU